AUGAACAUGAAUCCCACCAGUAAGCCAUUGCUCCUCCUCGGCAGCCUUCUCCUCCUAGCUGCCAGCACUUUACCCCUGCAGGCAACGACCGCCUGCGUGCCACGGGAAUGGGAUGCCCUGUUGGCCUUCAAGCGAGGCAUCACCAGCGACCCCUUAGGCCUCCUCACCUCAUGGAAGGAAGACGAUCAUGACUGCUGCCGGUGGAGAGGCGUCACCUGUAGCAACCUCACCGGCCACGUCCUCAGGCUUCACCUCAAUGGCGGAUAUGACCUUGACCGUUUCGAGUUGGUUGGUUUGGUUGGAGAGAUAAGCCCUCAGCUGCUCCACUUGGACCAUAUUGAACACCUUGAUCUCAGCAUCAAUUCCCUGGAAGGGCCAAGUGGUCAAAUCCCCAAGUUCUUGGGCUCUAUGAACAGCUUGAGAUAUCUGAAUCUCUCGAGCAUACCAUUCACCGACAAUAUCACAAAUCUUCCGAAUCUUCGCCAGUUGGACCUAGCAGCCAACAGUUUAUCAGGUAACUUACCGCGGAGUUUCACAAAAUUAGAGGGGAUGAAGCGAGAGGACGGCUACAAUGCUUCAGGUUCCGUACCUGAAGAUGGCUUGUCAUCAAACUGCUUAAUUGGUGGAAUUCCCGAACAAAUAGCUUCUCUUGCUGCUUUGAAAAAUCUGAAUUUGUCAAGGAAUAACUUGAAUGGAAAAAUUCCAUACAAGAUUGGAUCAUUGCAGUCACUGGAAUCGCUCGAGCUCUCAAGGAACAAUCUUUCUGGAGAGAUCCCAUCUACCCUAUCAAAUUUAUCAUAUUUGAGCAAUUUGGAUCUGUCGUACAACAAUCUAUCAGGAACAAUACCCUCCGGAUCACAACUUGGCACCCUAUACAUGGAACAUCCUGAUAUGUAUAAUGGCAACAAUGGUCUAUGUGGGCCUCCUCUUCGAAGGAACUGCUCGGGAGAUAUUGAACCAAGUACAAUACAUAUUUACACCAACAACAACAAAGCUGGACAUGUACCUGAGCCAAUGUUCUUUUAUCUUGGCCUUGUGUCAGGAUUCAUUGCUGGCCUAUGGGUGGUGUUUUGCAUCAUACUCUUCAAGAAGACAUGGAGGAUUGCAUAUUUCCGUAUUUUUGACAAGGUUUACGACAAAAUAUAUGUGUUAGCUGUUGUUACUUGGGCCAGUUUAUUCCAAAAGAUGACUGCACAAUAAGCUAAUUAGAAAGCUUGAGUAGAA